ACUCCCUGCAAAACUUGGCUAUAUGAUAUCCACUCCUUCUCGAUCAAAAUUCAUUCCUUUUUUUUUCUGGAGAAGCAUUCGUAGUUUUUCUUUUGGAAGGAGGGCCAAAAAAAUAUAAUUUUGGGGAGAAAUCAGAGCGCAAAAAUGUCUAUAGCUUCCACAAUUCCUUGCAUCAAAAUCAAAAUCUCCCCCCCUCCUUCACCAAAAUUUUGUUCCCCGAAGCCCAAUUUUACAGUUCGGAGUUCCAACGCAGAAGGUCCUUUGAGAAGACCGGCGGCUCCUUCACUCUCUCCUCCUCCUGUUUCUAGUGCUCCCUCACUCUCUCCUCCUCCAUCCCUAUCACACUCUCCUCCAGCGAAGCAGGUGGCGGAGGUGAAGGGGGUUGUGACGCUGGAGUUUCAGAGGAAGAUGGCUAAGGAGCUGCAGGAGUACUUUCGGCAGAAGAAAUUAGAAGAGGCUGACCAAGGUCCCUUCUUUGGAUUCUUGGGGAAGAACGAGAUCACAAAUGGGAGAUGGGCAAUGUUUGGCUUUGCUGUUGGGCUUCUAACUGAGUAUGCCACAGGAUCAGAUCUUGUUCAGCAACUCAAAAUCUUGCUCUCUAAUUUUGGAGUUGUCGAUUUGGAUUGAUCGUUGAUUCUCGAUCGAAACAGACGAUUUUCGUCGAAGAAUAUAUGUUUUAAGCCGAAGAUAUAUAAUGAGUAAGAUUGCAUACAUCAACCCUCUAAAUGAAAGAAAUCUUUGUGCAUUAUUUGAAUUCGGAUUGAUUGGAUGCAGUUUUUCUCCUCUCUUUCUUCUUGUUGAUUUUAACUA